GAAAUGUGUUUGUUAAUAAUGUGAUCAGCUUUCAGUUGAAAUGCUGCUUUCUGGAGGUUAAUGGAAUGAUUUUCGGUUCAUCAAUGAUUGGAGAGAGCAGUGUUUCCAAGUAUUGAACUUGGAGUUUUGUUGCACUGAAAAAGGCAUCUGGUUUUCACAGUUCCUGGACUGUUGCCUCUACAAUGAGUGUCAAUGAGAGAAGAGAAGAGGGGGGUGCUGUUCGGACAAAUAAAGCAGUAUCUCCAAAACCCUGCCUUGAGUCUAUGAAGAGCUUCGAGUCCAUUGGCAGCCCCCCUAAUAUUAGUGAUUCCAAUUCCAGCAAUGCCUUUAAAGAGGAGGGUACUGUUCAGACAUAUAAAGCAGCAUCUCUAAAAUAUGGUCUUGUGUCUAUGAAGAGCUUUGAGUCCAUUGGCAGCCCCCCUAAUAUUAGUGAUUCCAGCCAUUUCUUUAAGGAGGAGGGUGCUGUUCAGAAACAUAAAGCAGGCUGUCCAGAACCCAGCUGUGUGUCUAUGAAGAGUAACGAAUCCAUUGGAAGCCCCCCUAAUAUUAACGAUGGAGCAGUGACUUCUGACCCUGACAAGCAGCCUGUCAAACCAGCAGCCCUGACGAGAGAUACGCUGCUGGAGGAGACUGAUCACAUGCAGCACAAUUAUCUCCAAACAGUGAAUGAUGUCUUGCAGAGAAUCAAAGACCAACACAAAACCAGUAUGAAGAACAAGUAUGAGAGAUUAUUUGAAGGAAUCAAACUAGAAAAGAAUCAAACCCUCCUGAACAGGAUCUACACACAGCUCUACAUCAUAGAGGGAGAGAGUGAAGGUGUGAAUGAAGAACAUGAGGUUUUACAGAUAGAGAAAACAACCAGAACACAAGACACUCCAAUCUACUGCAAUGACAUCUUUAAACCCUUACAUCAACCAGGACAUGAGGAGAAAGACAAAAUCAAGACUGUUCUUACUAAAGGUAUCGCUGGAAUUGGAAAAACCGUCUCUGUGCAGAAGUUCAUUCUGGACUGGACCGAGGGAAAAGCCAAUCAGGAUGUAGAUUAUAUGUUUGUGCUUCCAUUUCGAGAACUGAACUUGAUUAAAGAUCAUCAGUACAGUCUUCACAGACUUCUGCUGGACUUUCAUCCUGAACUUCAAGAUCUGGACUCAAAGAUUUAUGAGGAGUGUAAAGUUGUGUUCAUCUUUGAUGGUCUGGAUGAAAGCAGAAUCACACUGAUGUUUACAGAUGAUGAGAAGGUUUGUGAUGUGAAUGAAUCUUCAUCAGUGGGUGUGUUGAUGUCAAACCUCAUCAGAGGAGACCUGCUUCCCUCUGCUCUCAUCUGGAUCACCUCCAGACCAGCAGCAGCCAAUCAGAUCCCCUCAGAAUACAUCAACCGUGUGACAGAAAUUCAGGGAUUCAAUGAGCCUCAGAAGGAGGAAUAUUUCAGGAAGAGAAUCAGUGAUGAGCAUCAAGCCAGCAGAAUCAUCUCACACAUUAGAAGAUCAAGAAGCCUCCACAUCAUGUGUCACAUCCCCGUCUUCUGCUGGAUCUCAGCCACUGUGCUUCAGAACCUCCUGAAACAAGAUAGCAGUGCAGAAAUCCCUCAAACUCUGACUGAAAUGUACAUCCACUUCCUGCUGACUCAGAUCAACAUGAGGAAUCAGAAGUAUGAUGAGAAAAAUCCAGAGAAACCCCUGAAGUCCAACAGGAAAGUUAUUGUGAAACUUGCUGAACUGGCUUUCAAACAGCUGAUGAAGGGCAAUGUGAUGUUCUAUAAAGAGGACCUGAUUGAGAGCGGCAUAGAUGUCACUGAUGCUGCGGUGUAUUCUGGGAUUUGCACUGAGAUCUUUAAGGAGGAAUCUGUGAUUCAUCAAAGGAAAGUCUACUGCUUCAUUCAUCUGAGCUUUCAGGAGUUUCUAGCUGCUUUCUAUCUGUUUUACUGCCAUGUAGUCAAGAACAUGAAGUCAUUGAAGUUUUUUCUGGCUUUGUGGUUCAGGUUAAAGAAAAUCCCUCUGUAUGAUCUACUACAAACAGCAACUGAAAAAUCCUUACAGAGUAAAAAUGGACACCUGGAUCUUUUCUUGCGGUUCCUGCUGGGCAUCUCACUGGAGUCCAAUCAGAGACUCUUACAGGAUCUACUGACACACACAGUGAACAGCUCAGAAACCAUCGAGAGAAUCACACAGUGCAUUAAAGACAAACUCAAGGCUGAUGAAGGUCUCUCAGCUGACAGAUGCAUCAAUCUGUUUCUCUGUCUGCUGGAAAUGAAGGAUCAGACUCUGUACAGAGAGAUUCAGGAGUUUGUUAAAUCAGAGACUCGCUCAGUCGGUCGACUCUCUCCCGGUCACUGCUCAACAAUCACCUACAUGUUUCAGAUAUCAGAGGAGGUUCUGGAUGAGUUUGAUCUGAAGAAAUACAACACAUCAGAUGAGGGUAGAAGGAGACUGAUACCAGCUGUGGUGAACUGCAGAAAAGCUCUACUUGCUGGCUGUAAUCUCACUGAUCAGUACUGUGAAAGUUUGUCUUCAUCUCUACGAUCAUUAAACUCACUGAGAGAGCUGGACCUGAGUCAUAAUAAUCUGCAGGAUUCAGGAGUGAAGCUUCUGUCUGAUGGACUGAAGAGUUCACGCUGUCAACUCAACAUACUGAGAUUAUCUGGUUGUAUGGUGACAGAGGAAGGCUGUUGUUUUCUGGCUUCAGCUCUGAGUUCAAACCCCUCACACCUGAGAGAGCUGGAUCUGAGCUACAAUCACCCAGGACAAUCAUUAGUCAAGCUGCUCUCUGAUCCAAACUACAGACUGGACAAACUCAAUGUGGAUCAUGGAGGAGAGAUCAGGAUUACAACAGGACCACAGAAGUAUGCAUGUGAUCUCACACUGGAUAUAAACACAGCAAACACUCAUCUCAUUCUAUCUGAGAGGAACAGAAAGGUGACACUUAUGACAGAGGAGCAGCCGUAUUCUGAUCAUCCAGAGAGAUUUGAUGAAUGUCUUCAAGUUCUGUGUAGAGAGAGUCUGACUGAACGCCAUUACUGGGAGGCUGAAUGGAGCGGAGAAACUAAUAUAUCAGUGGCAUAUACAGGAAUCAGCAGGAAAGGACGGAAUCAUGACUGUUUGUUUGGAUACAAUGAAAAGUCCUGGAGUCUGAACUGUUUUAGAAAUUCUUUUAUUAUGAGACACAAUAAUAAGCUCACAGAAAUAUCUGUCCCUUCACAUCGCUCUAACAGAGUAGGAGUGUAUCUGGACUGGUCGGCCGGCCGUCUGUCCUUCUACAGCGUCUCUGACACACACACACUCACACACUUACACACAUUCAACAGCACAUUCACUGAACCCCUCUAUGCUGGAUUUAGACUUUAUUAUCCUGAUAGUUCAGUAUCUCUAUGUGAGAUUAAACAGCUUCCUGUGAGAAACAACUGAGACACACAGUUGAGUGAAAGAAACACGGUCAUAUUAUCUCUCUCUUUAACUCACACAGCUGUCUCUCUCUCCUAAUCUUAAUUCCAGUAUUUAUAUAGAAACACACACAUUGGGGCUCAUUAAUGAAACACGAGCAGAACGAAUUUGAGUAAAUCAUUCUUAAAGCCAUUCUGACGUAAACUUUCGAAUUCAUGAAAAUGUUUGUAUUUUCAAAAUGUUAGUUGGUACGAAAGAAAUGUACACCUGCUCCCUUCCACGUGUAAAUGAUACGUAAAAGGUUCUAUGUUCUUUUUGGCAAACUGAUGACACUGAAUUUUAACGCGCUGCCAUAAUAACACAGUGCUCAUCACUGUCACUAUAUACCCAGCCGUAAAUAGAGGAGGGGACAGUACAAAGACUGCCUACAACAAAUGGAGAAGUCAAUAGAGCUCUGGAGGUUGAAGUCACACAAUCUAAAGGCCAUCAGGAGAGCGCUAGAGUGGCUGUAGCAUUGGCAUCCACAGUUGUAGAUCAAUAAUUUCAAACCAGACUAUUUAGACCUUACAAACCUUACUAUUUCAACAUGGUGGACAGCUGCUGUGCACCAGGAUGCCAGAACAGGCAGGGGAAAGCUAGGGUUGCCAACCGUCCCGUAUUAUUGGGCUUAAUUUAUGUGUCCCGUAUGGUUCCGUACAUGACCUCCCUUGGCCAGUUUCUUGCCCCCUCACGCAGUAUUCGUUAAGUAAAUCAGAAAAUCCUGAACAUUACUGUUCGAGGAAGGCUGCAGAAUCCUCUGCCAGUGUUGGUCGCUCACGCUUCACAAUAAGCAGCGCUAAUGCCAAUUCCGUCCAUGUUUUGACUUCAGUAAAUCAGUUUUGGCAAAUACAAACAACGUGAUUAUUUUUCAUGAGUCCAACAUCCAGCCGCGCAAGAAAACAUGCAAUCUACCCGAGAUGUGAUCAGUAAGGGAAGCCGUUUUUCACUAUGCAAAAGAGAGAAAAAACAUUUUACAAUUAAGUAAGCUUCUGAACCUUGUAGCCCAUCUUAUUCGUAAAACACACAAAAUGAUCAAUAAAAAGUGUCAAGCACCAAAAGCAACCCAUAUUAAAUCUAUAAGUUAU